GGUAAACAUCUUGGUGUUGUCGAUAACAACCGUAAUUCUCCAUGCAAGUGCUGCUUGUUUUAGGAGUCGUUUCGCUGUUUCUUUCCACUUCUGAAGGACUUGAAGCAAAGAAAGAACAUCACGGGCACCGUCUUAAGGAAUUAGGGAAGCAGAAAAAUCUUCGAGGAAGCCUGAAGGAGGAAAAAUUGCUUGCUAACGGCAAAUAUAAAGUUAUCGGGCGGAACCUAAAAGCAAACCAGACUACCAGAGAGGCUACCGAGAGAAGCUUUGCUUUACUGAGCAGAACGUACAGCCUAAAAAUUAAAAAAAAAGAGGCAAGUAUACACCAUAAGCGUACAAACCACAAUUUCCCAAGCAAGAUUUCUCCGCAAAUUUUUCAGAAAAGUCCUUUCAUUAAGCAGGAAGUUAGAAACAGCCGCGCACCGAAAGCAUCCUUUGUUAAAGUUCCGUCUAGUGCACCGAGAGAUUCGUUUGAAAUAGUGAGCGAAGGAAAAGGAUCCACUCAGAGUAAGACGAAGGACGAUGUGUUGUUGGAGACCUUGAUGCAAACUGAUACUGACUCGGAUUCAAACCCACCAAUCACAGAUGAUUCUGAACAGGAUGAAAACGAGGAUAUUUCUGUCCCAAGAAGCAAUCGCAAUAGCGUACAUCGUACUGAUAACAAGGAGAGACCCGAUGAUACAGACGAAGAGAAGCUGCCACACACAGAUAACCUUGAAACAAAGGAGCAAUCUCGAUAUGACCAUAAUAAUAAUGCUGAUGAUGGAGACGAUGAUGAUGAACCAGAUGAUGAUAAAGAGGACGCUAAUGAAGACGAAGAUGACGCCAAAGAGAAGAAACCCGUGAAAAUUGAAAAUCAAGAAUCACAAUUGCAAAAGAUAAAACAUGAUGAAAAUCAAGACAUUUCACCUUACGAGAUAUCGGAUCAAAUGAGCCAAGACUUGACACGUAUUCAUGGGGGCAUCGAGGAUCCAACUGCCGCCCUUGCAUAUCAAGAACGUCAUCUUAAGGCCAUGAAUGAGCUAAGGGCGUAUUCCGCUCGGAUAAGACAAAAAAUGCUGCAACGUUUACGAUUCAGUUAUGGAAACAUUGUCAAUCAAAACACUUUGUUGGUUCCGCAAUAUUACAUUUCACAGCCCUUGACUGUUCCUGAGGUAGCAGUUAAAGUCCCUUCACUGGUAAGACCCUCAACCUCAGUUUUUCGAGCAGCCUUUUUGAAACCCAUGCAAAGGACUUAUUCACUUCCGCAAUCAAACAAUCAAGGAUAUAGUAUCAAUGUUAACGGCCUACAUGGAGUAUUCUCUAAAACACCAGGUUAUGUUGUACGAUUUCAUUCACCAGAUAGUGAAGUCACAGUCGUCAAAAAACAGCAUGUAACAGAUCCAACGAGAGUAAGAGCACUAAAAAAUGUAUAUUAGAACGAAGAAUUUACUUAACUAUGGCUGAGAUUGAUUGCUGUGUGCCUUUUCCCCUGUCAUUAGAUUCAUUCAAUUUUGUUGAAGGACAAUAAUGAAUUUUGUGUGUCGACAUAAAGUGUU